CAAGUGAGAGUGACACACUGACGUGCUGCUGGUUUUCAGUAAGGAAAUUGAAGACGUCUUGCAUCUGGAGUACUUUUGAGGACACAAGCUGGGGGGCAAGUUUCAAGCCCUGGGCAUGAACUCACAGACUGGGCCCUGCAGUGGGAGGAGUGGAGACUGAAAACAGCUUCUGUAAAGCUCAUCUGCUUUUUCAGGAUGGGCUGCGCUUGCAGUGGCCAGAAACAAGUAAAAGAUGACAAAUUCUACAAAGGAAAAUACAACUCUCGGGUUUCCAACUCGUCAAAUCACAUAGCACGAGGUGGAAACACAUAUGUGGAUAAUGAAGACAUCGUGUUUGUGGCUCAACAUGACUUCAAAGCGACCAACGAGAACGAUCUACCUUUCAGAAAGGGAGACAAACUUAAGGUUUUACAAGAAAAUGGAGAUUGGUGGGUUGCUAGAUCGUUGGUGACAGGACAGGAGGGCCUCAUACCAUGCAAUUAUGUAGCCAGAGCAGAUACGCUGGAGGUGGAAAAAUGGUUUUUCAAGGACAUGAGUAGGAGAGAGACUGAACGACUACUUUUAGCUCCCGGAAAUAAACCGGGCGCCUUUCUAGUGCGAGAGAGCGAGACCUGUAAAGGGUCUUUCUCGCUGUCAGUCAGAGAUCACACAUCGGAGCAAGGAGAUGUGGUAAAACACUACAAGAUCCGCUGUAUGGACAAAGGUGGCUACUACAUCUCACCCUCCACCACAUUCCCAUCGCUACAGGAGCUGGUUAAAUACUACACCCGUACCGCAGAUGGUUUGUGUCAACGGCUGUAUGCCCCUUGUAAGGCGAAACCACCCGAGCAGCCGUGGGCUCAGGACGAGUGGGAGAUUCCCAGAGAGACGCUGAAAAUGGUGAAGAAACUGGGGGCCGGGCAGUUUGGAGAAGUGUGGAUGGGUUACUAUAAGAACACCCAGAAGGUCGCUAUCAAGACCUUAAAGGAGGGAACAAUGGAGCCUGAGGCGUUCCUGCAGGAGGCCAACCUGAUGAAGCAGCUGCAGCAUGAACGACUGGUGCGCCUCCAUGCUGUGGUCACUAAGGAACCCAUUCUUAUUGUCACCGAGUUCAUGGUCAAUGGAUGUCUCCUGGACUUUCUGAAAUCAGAUGACGGAAAAAAGAUAAAGCUGAACAAGCUGAUAGACAUGUCAGCGCAGAUAGCUGAAGGCAUGGCGUACAUCGAGAGGAAGAACUACAUCCACCGAGACGUGCGUGCAGCCAACAUUCUGGUCAGCGAAACCCUGCACUGCAAGAUAGCAGACUUUGGUCUGGCCAGGAUCAUCGAGUCCGAGUACACAGCUCAAGAAGGCGCUAAAUUUCCCAUCAAAUGGACGGCUCCGGAGGCCAUUAAUUUCGGCACGUUCAGCAUCAAAUCGGAUGUGUGGUCCUUUGGGAUCCUCCUCACAGAGAUAGUCACCUAUGGAAGAAUACCCUACCCAGGGAUGACCAACCCAGAGGUGAUCAGGAGCCUGGACAAGUCGUACAGGAUGCCUCGUCCGGACGGCUGCCCCGAGGAACUCUAUGACAUUAUGAAAAUGUGCUGGCGGCAGAAGCCUGAGGACCGGCCGACUUUUGAAUUUCUGCAGAACACUCUCAACGACUUCUUUAUCGCCACGGAGGGACAAUAUGAGAUGCAGCCGUGAUUAAACAAAAGGUUUCCUGCUGAUAACCUGAAGACAGCAAAACGUGCUAAAGAGAAAUAUGAGACUUGAAAGGACAGAGGAUGAGGACCAACGGACACAAUUUAUUUUUUUUAAGAAUUUCAAAUUGACUCUUUUUUAAGUCUGCUUUCUAAGUGAAUGUGAAAGCUAUUCACGGCUUCCUGUCUCUAGCAACUACAUGUUCAUAAAUGAAACAUUCACACCUUCAGUGCAAAGUUUUCUUACACUGACUGUCCUGCUAUUGAUGGCUCUCAUUCUUGAUAACAGCCAAGAACCAGGAGACAUGAUUAGGACUGAUAUACGACGGUUAAAAGAAGGAGUAUGGAAAUACAAAUACAGUACAUGCACAGUGUUGAGAGGCCUUUUGACCUGAGAAAGUAAGUUGGCACAGGUGAAGUUACAGAUGAAACCUUUGCAUGGUACCAAAACAAGCAGCCUGAGAUUACAUGCACGAUACUUUGCACUUUUUAAAAAUUCCUUCAGUCAUUCAGCGAUACGUAAUUAAAAAAGGGGGCUUUUUAGAGAGAAUUUAUACUUUCAUACAUGUUUUUGUAAAUAAAAAUAUUUACAUUAUUUAAAA